UGCCAAUAUAUGAAGCAGACAUAGGCGGGGCGGGGUAUAUAAGCUCUUAAGGACGCUUUUUCUAAUAGUUGUUGCGAGUUCUCUAUAGAAGCGCAAUGAAGCUCGUGGUACUCAUCGUUGCGGUACUCGCUUAUACUUCCGCGUCUCACGUGGUACCGGUGGGAGUCACCGUAGGACUCACACCCUACUCCCACCCAAUUGCUUCGUUGUACCAUAGUCAAGAUGUCUGGGGGCAGUACGCUUACGGGUACGCCACCCCCACUAGUACCAAAGCGGAAACUAAGACAGCUGAUGGAGUCACUCAUGGAGGGUACUCAUACAUCGACUCUAACGGAAUCCUACAAACGGUGCACUACACCGCGGACCCCGUCCACGGGUUCCGAGUAGCCGCUACCAACCUUCCGAAAGACGCUCCUGAUGUAGCCUACGCUAAAGCGCAACAUCUCGCUGACUAUGCAGCCGUCCAAGCCGAACACGCUAAAAUUGCAGUCCAGUACUCCAACCCAAUCGUAGUACCCGCCGCUUCCGUACUACCAACCCCCGUCCAAGACCUACCCGAAGUUGUAGAAGCGCGCGCUAGACACUUAGCCGUCCUCCAAGCAGCUUACACCGGUGCCGCCGUAGUACCACCACAACCCGUCCAAGAUCUGCCAGAAGUAGCCAAAGCUCGCGCCGAGCACUUAGCUAUAGUUGCGCAAACCCGAGCAAGAGACGCCGCUGCCCAUCUUAGCCCAGUACAACUCACCGGGAACGUGGUAGCAGUGCAAACCACAGCACCGGUUGCUGCCCCUGUGGCCACUAGCCAAGUUUCAUACACCCCGGCGUCGUCCCAGUACCACGCCCAAGAUGGUUUAGGGCAAUACUCGUACGGGUACGUAGGUCCAACUAGCUCGAAAAGCGAAACCAAGUCCGCUGAUGGGGUCACCAGAGGCGGGUACUCUUACAUCGACGCCAACGGGGUACUACAAACCGUGAAUUACAUUUCUGAUGCAGUGCAUGGGUUUAGGGUAGCUGCUACGAAUUUACCAGUAGGGCCUAGUGGUACCGUCGCGGAGCAGCAGGUUGUGGCAGCUAAGGCAGUACCGGUAGUAGGGCAGUUGUACUCUCACACCGUCUACUUUUAAACUAGAUGCUUGUAUUUCGCAAUUAAUAAAUUAAUUAAUUAGAUGCAUGCUGAAAUCCUUGAUUAAUUUAUGUAUGUAGUUUGAAGUGUUUUAAGUAAAUUGUUGAUUAAUU